AUGUUAUUCACAACACCGGCGUCCUUCAACUCCAAUUACGUGUCAUGGUUUUUCAACCCGAUGACAGGACAAGAGAUAUUCAUCCAGUCAUUCCUGAUAUGUUCAAUAAACCUUAUGGCAGCAUACGCCUAUGUUUAUAUGCAGUAUUUUCACCACCCUCAAAGGGAUGGUCCUUCUGGGUCAGAUCGCUUUGGCAACUAA